UCUAAGUUCAGAUUUACAAUCUGAGACUGAAUUUAGUUUAAAUGCUUAAAUAUCAUUAGUCAUCCAACUUCAUGAUGUCACACAGGUAGUACAAUUAUUUCUUUAUUACGUCACCAAAAGCACACAUAUCGUAGCUUGCUCAUUCAUGCGCUCAAUUAAUUCGAUUUCAUCUUAUACUAUGUCCUUAACUCGAAAUCGGGUGUUAUUUUCGUUCGAUUCUCUGUUUUCUUUCAUUCCAUCGUACCCAAGAUGUCGUUUGCUGCGUUUCGCAAGUCUGAGCAGCACACGGACCUUAGUAAGCUUGCCGAAGAGCAUAUGAAACAUGACCUUACCGAGGAAGACCGAAACGCAAUUUUCAAGGCUUCAAGCAAGAUAACUACGCGAGCCGUUAUUGGGACUCUUGCUGGACUUGGUUCGGGGCUGUAUGCCGCUUUCCGAUUGCGGCGCAUUCGUGCCGAUAUGUUCAACGCGUUCAGAGCGACGGAGAAACCAAGCCAUGUAAUAUUUGCUGAUGGAAGGAAAGAAGCCAUUCCUGACAUCACACCUUUGAUGCAACCUAGCAGGUACGGGGACAUUGCUACUUAUUUCUUCUUUGGCCUGGGCGGGACUAUCUUAGGUGGCGAAUUAGGCUUCCUAUUAGGGACGUGGUCAGCGUCACGGGCCAUCAGCCAAAAUGCGGCUCGACGUGAUAGAAUCGAGACUGCUUACCGGCGGUUCAAAGCGGAUUAUUUCUGGCAAGAAGCCACCAGGCUAGAGUCUGGCGGUACGUUAACAUUAUGAAAUCUACGAUGUAUGGUUAGCUAUUGUCGGAAAUAUCAUUCGAUGUUGUUGGCGUCGACUGAAUGUUAUUGGUGUGAGGUAGUGAAUACUACCAACCACAAAUGUGACCGUGCUACGCUGAGCUCAUUAAUACUCAGGUACCCAGUGGAUGGACUGUCUCACCCUAUCCCUACUCGAGAUAUAUUGUAUUCUCGGGUGGUUCUUUUCAACUGGAUACCUACUUAAACUACCGCAGUCUGAUUUGUGUGCCUGGUAUGUGGCGCAUAGCCACCAUAUUCCUAAAAGAGAUACCCGCAUAUGAUAGUGAGCUGAGGUAUCAUUUUAUGGUCUUGCAGUUUAUUGGAAAGAUCGAGAUAAAGAAUAGGCGAGGCUCCGUCGAUGUGCUAUACGGACAAUUUAGGGAGGGUCGAGAUUUGGACAACGAACGCUGAGAGGCUAACUAGGUACCCUAUUAAUAUUUUAAGGUAAGAUCGAAAGAGUGAUGCUACAUUGAAAUGCGUGUUUUAUAGAAGCUGUAAGUCACCUAACCACACAGGUAAGCACCAACUUGCAUAGAUAUUGGGGGCUGUAUGUAUACUUAAGACAUUUUCAAUGCACCUAUUGGUUCUUCUAACCAGCCUGCAUGCUGACACGGGACAGUUGCCGCUAAUUGUAUCCCAACUAUGUAUCAC